AUGGCAGAUCUCAUGUUACAGGGAUCUCGGAGCACUGGAGAGAGGACCCAUAUCAACUGCAAGGAAAUGAAGGCCAUCUAUUACGCCAUCCUGGCAUACAAGGUCAUCCACAAGGUGGAGGUGACCGAUUGCAUGAUAUUCCUGAUAGCACCAAUCUGGCCCAGCAGGGCGUAUUUCCCCACAUUAUUAAGGAAGAACCUCUCCAGAUACCUCGCCGUCAAGCUCUGUUACGACAACCCACCUGCUGCAGUGGUAUAUGCUCGUCAAGGAAGUAAUGCAACCUUGUCCUGGAGACUACCCCAGCCUGCUGUCAGGGAGUUUACAGUGAGACGUUAUUCAUCAGACAUUACUCUGUUCCAUGUGACCAACUAUAACAAGGUGGACAUCACUAGCACGUACAGGACAAGAGCAGAGUUUACUGGGAACAUUGACUCGUCAGGAUCUGGUGUGUUCAGUUUCCUGCUGUAUGAUGUUGUCUGGAAUUCUGACCGUGGUGUCUACAGUUGUUACAGGGGUUCACCAGGCUCUAGAGGGGAUCAGAUGUCUGACUGCGGACAGGUGCUUGAUGUAAUACGAUGUGGUGAAGACUACACAGACCCAUCUGGCUCGAUCUCCUCACCAAACUACCCUGGCAAUUACGGCAACUAUCUGAUUUGCGUCUACACCAUUGAUGCAGGAGAGACAUUGGUCACACUCGUGUUUACAAAUUUCAGUACAGAGCAUUGGCAUGAUGUUGUCAAGGUUUACGAUGUCUCCAACAACCUUCUUGCAACAUUAAGUGGAGACAGACAUGGCUACAUUGUCCAAUCAGCUGUCUACUACCGUGUUGUGUUUACUACGAAUCCCUGGACUGUUGGGAAGGGAUUUCGGGCUGUAUGGACAGUGGCUAAGGAUUCCAGUGCAAGGUUCGGUGGCUAUGCCACGUUGUCAUGGAUUAUCCCGGAUCCUGGGACCAGCGAGUUCAGUGUGUGUAACAGUGAGACAAAGAGAUGCCUUCUCCACAUCACAGGAUAUAAUGAUGUCAGAGCUGCCAGUGACAAGUUCACAUCUAGAGUGAGAUUCAUUGGAAACGUGUCAUCAUCGGGAACUGGUUUGUUUAGAUUCGUGCUCUCUGAUGUAACUUGGGAAGACGAAGGUCAUUACAAGUGUUACAUAGGCUCACCAGACUCAGGAGGUCAAAUUAUCACUGGCUGUGGUCAGAAACUGGUAAUGAUUGGAUGUGGUGAAGGCUACACAAACUCAUCUGGCUCUAUCUCCUCACCAAACUACCCUGGCAAUUACGGCAACUAUUUGAACUGCGUCUACACCAUUGAUGCAGGCGAGACAUUGGUCACACUCGUGUUUACAAAUUUCAGUACACAGGAAGGGAAUGAUGUCGUCAAGGUUUACGAUGCCUCCAGCAACCUCCUUGCCUCAUUAAGUGGAGACAGACAUGGCUACAUUGUCCAAUCAGCUGUCUUCUACCGUGUUGUGUUUACUACGGAUCCCUGGAAUGUUAGGAAGGGAUUUAGGGCUGUAUGGACAGUGGCUCAGGUUUCCAGUGCAAGGUUCGGUGGCUAUGCCACGUUGUCAUGGAUUCUCCCGGAUCCUGGGACCAGCGGGUUCAGUGUGUGUAACAGUGAGACAAAGAGAUGCCUUCUUCACAUCACAGGAUAUAAUGAUGUCAGAGCUGCCAGUGACAAGUUCACAUCUAGAGUGAGAUUCAUUGGAAACGUGUCAUCAUCGGGAACUGGUUUGUUUAGAUUCGUGCUCUCUGAUGUAACUUGGGAAGACGAAGGUCAUUACAAGUGUUACAUAGGCUCACCAGACUCAGGAGGUCAAAUCAUCACUGGCUGUGGUCAGAAACUGGUAAUGAUUGGCGGUGUUAAACACAACUUACGCACUAACAUAAUUACUUACUCAUUACUGGCGAUAGCGAUAACGCUUCUUGUAUCUACUUCAGGAUGUGGUGAAGGCUACACAGACCCAUCUGGUUCUAUCUCCUCACCAAACUACCCUGGCAAUUACGGCAACUAUUUGAACUGCGUCUACACCAUUGAUGCAGGCGAAACAUUGGUCACACUCGUGUUUACAAAUUUCAGUACAGAGGAAGGGUAUGAUGUUGUCAAGGUUUACGAUGCCUCCAACAGCCUCCUUGCCACUUUAAGUGGAGACAGACAGGGCUACAUUGUCCAAUCAGCCGUCUACUACCGUGUUGUGUUUACUACGAAUCCCUGGAAUGUUGGGAAGGGAUUUAGGGCUGUAUGGACAGUUACUACAACUGAGUAUGCCAGGUUUGGCGGCUAUGCGACGUUGUCAUGGACUCUCCCGGAGCCAGGGACCAGGGAGUUCAGUGUGUGUAACAGUGAGACAAAGAAAUGCCUUCUUCACAUCACAGACUACAAUGAUGUCAAGUUCACAUCUAGAGUGAGAUUCAUUGGAAACGUGUCUUCAUCGGGAACUGGUUUGUUCAGAUUCGUGCUCUCUGAUGUAACUGUGGACGAAGAAGGUCAAUACAUUUGUCACAGAGGCUCAUCAGAUUCAGCGGGACCAAUCAUCCCUAACUGUGGACAGAAGCUGUUAGUGCUGAAUGAUGCAAUGAUUGGUGAGACUGUAACUCUGUCCUGCAGACUCCCACAGCCUGCAGUCAGGGAGUUCACUGUUUGGAAUAGUAACUGGAGCAUACCCCUGGCCCAUGUGACGAACUUCAAAGAUGCAAAUAUUGUCAGUGAGGUAUACAGAUCAAGACUUACUCUGAGAUUUCAUGGAAAGGAUCUGUUGAUACUUGAGCUGAAAUAUGUUGUUUUAAAUGACGAAGGUCAGUUUCGCUGCCAUAGUGGCACUCCAGACUCCAUAGGAUCCAGGAUAGCAGGCUGUGGUCAGCAGCUCAACGUCUAUGGUAAGUAUCUACCUUCGAACACUGUGCUUCACAUAUUUCUUCUUCAUUGUAAAGAUCCUGAUAUGUAUUAGUAAUUAAAUGAAUGUGAGCUUAUUCCAUCAUCGUGGUCCAUAAGCACUUCAGUUAUGUAUGAUUUCCCAAGAUCUAUCACACAUACCUGAUAUACUUGCACAUGCAAUGUCAUCAAUGCCGUUAAUGGA